GCCGAUCGAAAAAAUCCUCGUAAAAUCAUCGAGGGACCCUCUGAUCGGUAUCCCCGCACCGUUUUCUCGUAACUACACUCCUGCGUGCUCGGCUCACCCCGGCGCGCAUGCGCGAGCGGGGAGCAGAAUCUGGCAUCGCAGCGCCCUUCUCCUUCGCACGCAACGUCAUUGUGCCGUGUGGGGCCAUGAUCGUUGGAGUGUGCGUGCGUCCCUCGAGCUACGCGCGGACCUGCCCAGUAAAUACGAGGCUUCCGUUCCCGUGUACGCGUUGAACCGUUGCGUAGCGAACCCAGAAAAUUUCUCCGUUCAGUUCGGCUGCCGUCGGCGUGCACCACCAUGCCGUUGAGUAUCGGGGUUAACCUAAGAGUGACCGGACACUGCAAUCAGGGCGGUCGCAAGUACAUGGAGGACAUGUUCAGCGUGGCCUUUCAGUCCACACCGGAUGACAAAGACCUGGAAUACGCCUUCUUCGGGAUAUUCGACGGCCACGGCGGCGGCGAAGCCGCCACGUUCGCCAAGGAGCACCUGAUGAACGUUAUCGUAAAGCAGAAAAAUUUCUGGAGCGAUCGGGACGAGGACGUGCUCAGAGCCAUCAGAGACGGAUACGUGAACACGCACUACGCGAUGUGGCGGGAGCUUGACAAAUGGCCGAGAACUGCCUCUGGAUUGCCAUCCACAGCUGGGACAACGGCCAGCAUAGCAUUUAUUCGCAAACGCAAGAUCUACAUAGGCCACGUGGGUGAUUCCGGCAUAAUACUGGGGUACCAAGUAGACAGCGAUCCCGAAUGGCGAGCUAAGGCUCUAACCAAAGACCACAAGCCGGAAAGCGGACCGGAGAUGAUGAGGAUACGCGAGUCCGGUGGUAAAGUAGUCAGUAAAUCUGGUGUUCCGAGAGUGGUAUGGAACAGACCUCGUAUAGGACACAAGGGGCCAGUUCGGAGAUCGACUCAUAUAGACGAAAUCCCAUUCCUGGCUGUUGCUAGGUCGUUAGGCGAUCUUUGGAGUUACAAUUCCGAAUUGGAUACAUUCGUCGUGUCUCCUGAGCCAGACGUGAAAGUCGUUGCGAUUGAUGUUGAGUCACAUCGUUGCCUUAUUUUCGGGACAGACGGUUUGUGGAACAUGUUGACACCGCAAGCUGCAGUGGCCAUUGUUCAAGCAGCGGACAGGCAUAACGAGAAACAUCUGAUUGCUUCUCAGCAAACGUGUAACGAACAAGCUGAUAAUGUUCAAUUGUGGAUCAAUCCGUCGAAGAGUCUAGUAGAUAGAGCGUUAGAGACGUGGUUAGAGAAAGGAUUACGCGCUGAUAAUACGAGCGUUGUAACGUUAAUGUUGGAUCCGCCAGGUCCAUCUCGUAGCGAGGUUCUACUGAGUCAGAAGGAAUGUGCCUUAACGCAUCACAGCAUCCACACGCCCGCAGCUGCACUCGAUACCGCGAGCAUAGAGAAACCUGCCUGCGACCCGGUCGUUCCCGGCAUACCAAGACCCCCAGCGAAUCUGAACAUCGACUUCAGAAAGCCAGACCUUUCGAGAGGAAUCGAGGAGAAGGAAGAUUCGAGAUUAGAGAAAGUAUCGCUCACGGAGAAUCUCGAUAUAAGUCACCAGUCGAAGGACGAGGCAAGCGGCGACGAGUCCUUCGAGGAAAACGGUUUCAAAGUCACGGAAACGAUAUCCCACGAAAUAGUCGAGAAAACUGUAGAGCUAGAUAAUUUAAAAUUAGAAACAGUCCCGUUGGAGAAAGUCGAGAGUCUCGAUAAAGAGGAGAAGACGGAAGCAGCUAGUACACCGAUCGAUCAGGAUGGUCUAACGUCGCAGCAAUCGAAAGAUGGGAGCAACGACCACGAUGUUUCGAAUGUGAUACACCAAAGUGCAUUUUCUGGUGAAUGUGAUAACGUACAUUCUCACGUUGGUACUAAUUUUGAGAGCAGCGAGGUGGCCUCCGGGAACACGUGCAGCGAAAACGAGGCGAAGGGGAAGCUUUUAAACGGAUCGCAUCACAAACAGCACAUACUGUUCUCUGCCUCGAGGACGGAAGCCAGAAACGCGAGGAGUAGGAGGCAUAGCUUGAAUUCCCAUUCGCGUAACGCCAUCGCGGAGCCAGGAUCGCUGGAAACGAAGACGUACGUUAACUCGAGGUUUAAAUCUCGAGGAACGAAGAUGUCCGUAACGGGAAAGACCAUGGAAGAGGAUGCGAGGAACUCUGCGAGUAAAACGACCGACAUCAGUACCAAGCGAAGACAUAGUGCAAUAUCGCAAGGCGUGAUUGGUACAGAGGAGCCACGAGUAUUACAAGAACCCUGCGCGAAGAGGAGAACGAGGUCCGAAGAUAGACCUAAUCCCGUCGACGAGAACGAUCCGGCGAAUCAGUCCACGAAGGAUGCCAGCGGCAGUUGGCCUAACGCGGAGUCCAACAUCGCUCGAUCCGCGGGAAGCACCACCACUGUACCCAUCCAGGAAAGGCUCUCUUCGUUAAACACUUACCAAAGAAGUUUGGGGAAAAAAGCCACGCCUGUGAAAGCUAUACGGAGGCCCUCCAUCAAGGGUCUAUUGAAGCAACUGUGGGUCGCUAGUCUCGGCGCGAGAGAGUGGGAUCAGGGGAGAAGCAACAGGUCGACCGGUUGCAGCGAGCGGAGGAUAAAUCGGACCGUGUCCAUCAUAGGCUCCUCGGAUAGCACCACUGUUCCCCAACGAUGGCUCAGGUCGGACACGAUUGCAGCGACUCCCGUAAAAACUCUGCGUUCGCGUAACGUGGACAUAACUGGCCACACGAUAUCCGCACAAUUAGUACACCAGUACGGACUAGUAAAGCAGAAUCGGCUCUCUUUGCCAAACAAAUUAAAGCAGCCGAAUAACAACGGGUUUCUACAGUCGAGUAGAAUAAGAUCGUCCUCCCUAACGUCCAGUAUCAAGCAAACUAGCAACAAUACUGGGAACGGAGCUUGUUCCACGAUCAGCCCAACGAACGCGGGGUGUAACCCUAGUUCUGGGAUGGCUAAGAGAGUCAAGUCGCCUUACAAUCCGAGCGCUAGGUCGUUGAGCACGCGAUCGCGCAUCAAACGACUCGGCAAAUGAGGAGAUCAAUUUUUUUCCACUUGUGGUAUUACUUCAAGAUAAUUUAAAGUUUGCAGAUAGUUGGCACUGUGCAUAAAAUGUACUUCAGGACGAUUUAGAUUGAACGUUCGUUUAACCGUGUUUUAUUAAUAAUGGGAAUGAUCGAAGGACGUAGUGAAUUCACUUUUACAUGAAAACUUUGCGUUUUGUAAUGUAAAUGCUUAGGGUACGUCACUAGCUACAUAUUGUGCAACAAAGGUGUUGCAUUUUUUAUUUUGAAUUUGAAUGAUACGUUAAUGAUUAAUAUAAUUUUUGGACUGCUGCUGAAAGACGUCUUGUAUAUAUAAUAUAUAUGUGUAACGUAAAGGGAUUUGCUAUGUCCAGGGAACGUUUGAUCAUCUAAGCAACAAAAAAAAAAAAAAAAAUAAGGAAAUAUAUAUUAGGAUACGUUUAUAUGAAUUUACUAAUAUUUUUAUAUUUUUACGUUUCAUCAUAGCCAGUGCGGAGUUAUAUCAAAGAGUAGGGAAAAGUAUAUGAUAUAAAUAAUGACACGUGCCUACAAUAGUUACCAUUUAGAUGUAUAUAUAUGUAUAUAUAUGAAGUGUAUUCGUACCAUGGACCAAGAAGAAACUAUGUUUCUCUAAAUCGACAAAAGUAGUAUAUUUAAGUAACUCCAAUUGGUGUCACACGUUCCACAAAACGAAAAUCAUGUUCGAAUUAUGUAAACCAUCUCUUCUUGGUGCAUGCAAUAAAAGUGGCACUGUAUAUACAUAUAAAUAUAUAAGUAUAUAUGUAGAUAUACAUAUACACAAGCGUGUAUGUGUGUGUGUGUAUACAUAUAUAUAUAUAUAUACGUGCAUAUGCAAUACACAUAUUAUUUAUAAAUUGUCUACGUACGUGUAAAAAAUAAUGUGUAGAUGGUCACGCUCAUAGGAGAUGAAAUAAAACAAAAAAUCUUUGCUAGCGUUUAUUUAUAUACACGAGAAAUGUUAUUACAUUUAGGAGAAUUAAAGCGACAGAAUGGUUCCGUUUUGGUGGUUGGACGUGAAGCAAAGUAUUUAUCACGGAUACAGGAAUGUACAGUGAGAGCGACAAAUUUAUAGCGAUUUAUCUCAGGUUAAGAAUAGGUCGAAGAAGGCGAACUCGAACAAAUGUGUGAUCGCGUUUAAAAACUGUAUAUUUUAAUUAAAUAAACUGAAAUAUCCGAA